GUUUUAAAUUCAAUCAGGAGCGCUCGUUGUGCUAUUCAACCGAAACAAUUUCUCAUAAUUAUAUUUUCUUUCGAAUGGAAUAACAUGGAUUUAUGUAAUUAAUAAAUGGCAGACGACACUUUGUUUGUUGGCGAUGUUGUUUGUCUGUAUGCGGCGGAAUCCUACGGUUUCGUGUUUUCAUCUCAGAGCAGUUCUGUGCACAAUGGAGUCGCCGUGGGAUCGAAACAGGAUAAGUGCAAACCUGAUAUGAAGGACCAGAAAUUGCUAUCAUUUGAGAUAUGUGUUGCCAAUCGAUACAAAUUGAACAAAAAGGCUCGGGAACUUAAGUCUAAGAUAGAUGAAAGACCUAAUGACUAUACAUUGCGAAGCCGAUUUCACCAGGCUCAGCUUGCUGCAAAGGCGGAGACAGAGGACAACGAUUUAGAACAGAAACGACAGCAAGGCAAGAAAUUACUCUAUGGACAGGUUAUACAGCUGAAGCAUAGAUUUACUCUGAAAUACAUUCAUGUCAGUACAUCAGCAACCUCUCCGACGGAAGGUAAAAACAUGGCGGUUGUUCUGCACCCGUAUAAUGCAAAACAUGCCCAGUUCAAGAUUAUGCCAAGGUACAAGGUCAAGGCCGAGGGUGACGUGGUACAAGAAGGAGAUCAGCUGGUGUUUGAGAGUGUGAAAUCCCUGGGACAAUAUCUCCAUGUGUCCAAAACAUUGUUUGGUGGACAGUCAGUAUAUCAGAAAAGCUAUGAGCUAAACUUAUCAGUACAACAGACAGGCUUCGCAAUCUACCGAAAAUAUAAGCCCUCACCUGACGAUGAGAAAAAGGUCAAGAUUGGAAAUAUGGUGAGAUUUUAUCACAAAGAGAUGGAAGCGUAUUUGGUGGCAGAAGGACUCUUCGAUUAUGAUAUUACAGAAGAUGUGCAUCUAAGGUGCCGACCUGUAGUACCGUCGAACCCCAAGAGUAUGCUGCCAAGUUCGUCUGCUAUUACAUUUUGGCAGAUUGAGUUACAGGAGGGGUGUGUUGCUGGUGGGGUUUUACAUUUCGAACAACAGUGUAAAUUGUUGCACAUGUGUACCAGAAAGUAUCUGUGUGUGGAAACGAAUAAGCAAAGUAACGUGGAGGGUAAAUACAAAGUGAACUUGACCUCAGAUCACCUAGACCCUAAAACUGUCUUCAGAUUACAUCCAGUUGAAAAGGACAGUGACGAUAUACCAGAAGGCAGUUACUGUAGAAUAGAACAUGUUGUAUCUGGAGAGUGGCUACAUGCUUCUGCAGCUGAAUAUAUAAGAAAUCAAGAGAAAGCUUUGAAUCAAGAGAGCAGAUCUUUGGGUUCGCUAAAAUGGAGCACAGCUCAUAUGAGAAAGAUUACAGUGGCUGACGAGCAACAGUAUCAUGACGCUUUUACAAUACAGGCAGUGGGCCCUGCUUUGGAGAAUAUCUUUAGUUUUAUGGCAGGGAUGGUGCCAUUUUUACAGAAGCUUUUGCAGGACAAGAAGGGUGGAGUUAUAUUAAAUAAAAAGAUGUCACAUGAUGCCAUAACUGCUUUGACAGAGAUCUGUGAGUUUAUGGUGGUAGAUGGGGAACCAGUCAAACAGAGACAAAAGCUUAUGAGACAUCUCAGGAUUGUAGAACUUCUUGUCAACUUGCUUAACUGUCCACUAAAUGCACCAGAUCACUACUACAUGUCAAGUAUUUUCCGUGUUGUCUACAAAGUCCUUCAUACCUACUUGUUGGGACGGUCACGAAAGAACAAACUUUAUAUUGCAAGAUACAUAGAUUUCUUCCGGACACAGUUUGAGAUAAAAGAGGGCGAUGCUGGCUUGAAUGCUGUUCAUGUGGUUAUGGAGUCUCUCCGAGAUAAUAGGAAAAUUGUUGACCUGAUAACUGAGGACCACAUAAAUAAAUUUGUUGAGCUUUUACUGCUCGAAAAGAACUAUCGCUACCUUGACCUGCUUAGUGUUCUAUGUGUCUGUGCGGGUGUAUCUAUUUCCAUCAACCAGAAUCAUAUUACCAACUCCUGGCUCAUCACAAAUAAAUUGAAAUGUGUAUUUCAAACAAAACUUGGCUCUGAUCGCAAGACAAUGUUCGUAUCAACAAAUAACGGGGAGUCUUGGAUAGAUCUCGUCACGUUUUCGGGCAGAAAUAGAGAAUCAGAGGAGUACCUGUUUUUCGAGAGCCAGUUGAAACUGUUUGGAUAUCUUGCACGGGGCCAGAAUGACCACGCAAUAUCUGUGAUCACCGAGGACUACCUCACAUGGGAGGAACUAUUUACAUGCCUUAGUGAUGAAAAUCUACCAGAACAGCUCCGCGCCAUGUGCUGUGAUCUCAUCAUAACGCUGUUUGUUGACAUUGCCGGUAACCGCUCAGUUUUGGAUAGUGUAAAGAUGUGUUAUGUUUUCGACGAGAUAAAUAAUGACGAGGAAAUGGAAGUUCUUGUGCACAGCACUGAAUCAGAAACAUACAAAUACUUCCCAGCACUCAGCAGAUGGAUAGCAAAUUUCCUGAGCAGAAAUAAAGAAAUGACAGCUUCGAACAUUGGAAACAAUAUCCUCAUCAAACAGGUAUUGAGACUUGUGUAUUGUCUGGUAUCAUUUGGAUUCUACAACAAGUAUGAAGAUAUUAAGAAACUUCUGGAUCCCCUCAUGUCACUACUGGAUGGACGACACGACAAACCUUAUCCAAAUAUUGAAGGAAAAGAAGCCCAGGAGAUGUUGGUUGUGUUCCGUCAGUCACAGAGAUUCAAACCCAGUCCUGAAACAAAGGCCAUAGUGGAAGCCAAAGUCCAGGCUCUUGAAGUGUUGGAUCUGUUCUUCAACUUUAGGUUUAACAAUAGGUUGGAAAAAUUCAUCUGUCUAUUCCAAACUAUACAUCGGCAAAUAAAUAAGCCUGGAGGAUUUUCCGAGUUAGCUCCUCUGAUGAACGAGUCGUUCGAACUGGAACAAUGUGUUGGACUUGCAAAGAAAGCGAAGAAGAAAAUGGCCGAUAUAUUUGACUCGACAUCUUUCAUGAGACAGUACAAUAUCGUAGAUGUUUUACUGGAUUUAUCCCACUAUGAGUAUGAUGAUAUUGUAAGGAAGUCGAUGCAUCUACUCAACAGAUGGUUCUCGGCGUAUCAAAACCUGUUCAAAAGAGCUGUUCUCACACAGAUUUUGAUAACCGAUGAAUCAGUGAAGGUUUACAAACGAACAGAGCAACUAAUGCCCGAUUUACGAAGACUGGCCGCAUACAGAAUGGGAGACACUGAAGCCGAGCAGGUGAUCACAAUACUCACGAAACUUUUAAGUUUCUGCCAUCUACCUGGUGAAGAAGAAGAACCGCAUCCUAUAAACCAGAGUAUACUCUACAACUGCGGAAUCAUUGAAUGCAUGGUCAUAUUCCUGUCAAAAGAAAUAGAUGUGAAGAUAUUGGACCAUUACGAUGGCUUACGAAGAGUAUUUGAACUUUCAUUUGUGUUGAUGAAAAUGCUUGCGAGGAGCAAUCAUGUUGUUCAACAAAGACUGUACGACAGACUUGAUCUCAUAUUGUCAAAGAGAGGUGGUUUCGUACAAAUGGCUGAACUUGUUACAGAGAUUUUCACUGGAAAUACCCAGACUUGUAUGAAGGUAACAGAAAACCAAGUACAGAAGAUCAUGUCGCUUGUUGCCGCUCAUCGUAAAGCUGUCCCACAGUUUGUCGGGAUCUUGAAAGCCGUGAUCAAAGUGGAUGAACUAGAUCUGCCUAUAAAACGUAACCAAAGUAUGGUGAUGACUAACUUUAUGCAACAUAGUUCCGAUGUUGCCCCUGCAAUUGACAAGGAUGAAAAAGCACGGAUGGAAUUAUUUAAGUCUAGUGACACACACGAACUCCACUUCUUCGUUUCUAUCGUGGACCUACUGGCAACAUGUGCUGAGGGAGAAAACAGAUUUAUAGAGUCAAUCUGCCAGACUUUCUUCAAGAUUCCAGAACUCUUUAAAGUUCUGAAUGAUUCAAACAUCAGCGACAAUUUGAAGAGACCAUACCUAACAUUCUUACUCGGCGCAUACUUGAACACGGUGAGCGGGAUGAUUGAAAGUGGAGCCGGUGAUAUCCCGCAUGAUACUGUAACAUGGGAUUAUAUAACUAAUGUUAGCGAAACCAUAGCUAUGGUGACGGUGUACGUGAAGAACAAUCGUGAUCAAGUUAGACAACUACUGAAGAAACCACCAGGGAACGGCAUAACUGAUGGAAAUGAAAUGGAGCAGAUGAGAGGAUCUUUGCACUACCUGUUUAGUGCUUUCAUGCCAUUUUUACAAGUUUUCUGCACAAGUUAUUAUGAGAAUGACCAAGAAAACUAUCCAGCUGAGGUGGUAAAAAUGAAAGGUCUUGCCGAAAGUUUCAAGUCUUUCUUUGAGGAGAUAGUUACGCUUGUUUCCAACGAGAAACAAUUGGAGAAGCUGAUAAGUUGCAUGAGUAUUUUGUUCUCAACAAAUGCAUUAGCAUCUGAGGACAUGCAUACGUUCGAGCAGAAGUAUGGCCAAGGUGUUGGCGCGCAUGAUGUUCGCUGUGAUGCGCGAAAGAAAUAUGAGGAAUGUUAUGGUGGAGAAGAAGAAAUCAAUGAACUUCUGAGUGUGUUUGCAAACAACAUGAAAGUUGCCUACGGUGGUGUCAAUGAUGUUCAAACACAGAUUGGAUUCCCAAGUACACGUAGAUAUUCUGAGGUGGGUGGUGAUGAAGAGUUACCUCUGAGUGAAGAAUUCCAAGCCCACAUCAAUAUCUUUAUAGAUCAAAGUGCCAAAACACCAUUAGACAAAUACAGACUUAGUGAGAAGUUGAUACGGCAGUUAUCGAUAUCAACAAAACUUAUGAAACUACCAGAAAGAGAAAAGAUUGAACAGUUGGAACUUGACCUGAAAUGCAUGCAGCUUCUACGGGGAAUGAUACACAAUGAACUAAUUAAACUCCCAGAGCACAUUCAAUAUAAUUCACAGUCUUGGAAGAAGCAGCUGAAAGUCAUACAAGAUGUUCAAAAUGCAUUGAACCACUAUGGAAGUAUUGCCGGAACGUUCGAACAUUUAGCACGUACCAAUGACGAUAUUGUACGAGAAUUGUUGGCCUUCCUUGUGGCUCUUUUGUUUAACGGCAAUUUCGCUGUGCAGACAAUACUGUACGAGUUUCUUUCAUCCGCGAAAGAGGAAACUUUUGUUCUAGCAAUAAAGAAUAGAAUUAACCUGUCCGCCAUUGCAACAAGAGAAAGGCGUGUGCUUCAAGCCUUGCGCCAAUCCAAGAUUGAAGAAACACUUGCACAGGCCAAGGCUUUGAAGAAAGCCAUGAAGAAUGGAUCUAUGGCAGACUUGGCUCUAUCAUCUCUAUCAAGAACACUAAGACAUUCUAUGGCUUCGAUGAGGAAGUCUGUUACCACUUUGCCUAGUUCCCACGGAAGCAGGAAACAUUCAAAGGCUAGAGAAACCGGAAAAAUGAAGACUAGUCAGCAAGGUUCAGUGGUUGCUUCGGAAUUAAUUCCUGGCCUGCAAGCUGAAUCACAAGAAGUAUCAAAUGGUACGCUAGACAUAACCACGUCCAGCGAACUGACCCCUGAGUUAUUGAUUACCGGUAGUCCGAAGGAAUGGGGUCCAUCUAGAACAGCAUAUAACAAAAUAGCUCCAGAUACCAAAGGUCUUUAUCUUGCCGAAACUGCACCAUCCAUCGGUCUUGAGGUAGCUGUCCCAGACGCCACUGUUAAAGAAGCCGCUUCAGAGAAUAAUGCUGAGAUUGCCCAGGAUGAUGAAUUAGAGACUUUGCUUCACGCCGAAAUGCCAGAAUUUGAUUACAAAGAUGAUGGCUGCAUAGAACUCGUUCUUAGGAUACUCGGGAGCAUGUGUGACAGCCAACACACAGGACUACAGAACUAUAUUAGAGAGCAGUCCAAUAACAUUAAGUCUAUAAACCUGGUGGCGGAGACGAUCAAUUUCUUGAAAAUCAUGUAUACCAACAUCAGUGCUGACUCCAUAGUCUUGAUCACAGAGAUCUUUGAAAUACUUGUUGAAUUUACAUCGGGAAACAGCACCAACCAGGCAGUUGUGUUUGACAACAAGAUCUGUGACUAUAUAAAUCAUAUUCUACGUGCUGAUGUCUUUAAAGACUGCACAGACACACAGGUAUACACACUGAAAAGAGCUAUUGGUUUCUUGGUUCGAGGUUUGACGGUGGAAAACUUUAGUGCUGAGGAUGGACUAAAGGCUAAUUUACCAAUGGAAGUUAUGGAAUUUUUGGACACGACCGUCUUGGUUUCAGUGAUGACAAAUGCCAGACAAUUGUACGAGCCGAAGAAAGAAGAAGAGUUCAAAACUUUACUAGAUACGGUGGGAUUUCAGUAUUACCAUUUACUAGCCAGGAAACUCGAUUUGUUUCCUGAGUUGGACAUAGAUAGCUUUUUGAAGACGGAAGAGCAAAAAGAGGCCUUCAGUUUCUAUGGUGAAAAUACACUCUCCAUUGAGGUAGUAAAAAACGACAUCCUACAGAAAAUAUUCUUUCAAGUUAGAGAUAAGGGAGUAUUGAGAGAAGAAAUUAAAGAAAAAUUUAAAUAUGAGGUUGACAGAUCUUCUCCAAGCAACAAAUUACGCGAUUUCAUGGAAUGGGUAAGGGACAUAAUCAAAGACAUCAAGUACCAAAGGCGUGUUCGUGCAAAUCCAGUUGGAAGAUUUUUUGUCAAUGCUUGGUCGCUGCUGAACUAUUUAGUUAUGCUGUGUACGCUGAUAAUCUGUGUUGUUGUAAUGGUAAUCUGGGAGGAAGGAGACAGUUCCUCGCCAAGAUAUAAACCAGCAUUCAGGUUUGCUUAUGUAAAUGUUGUGAUCUAUAUACUUGGUGCCAUACACAACUGUCUGUCGAUAGGGAUAUGCAUUAGUUACAUCAUAUCCAACAGGCCAACAUUUCCGUCUAUUGAAGAUAUUAAGGAAUUGUGGACAGGAACAGAGAAUAUUGACGGUGAUGGUGAAAACUGGAUUGACGUCAAGAAAGAAUCUCAUCUGGCAGUCAAGGCGUUUGAGUUAAAAACCAUCUACUAUCUUCUGUUUGUAGCCUGUUCUAUUGCCGGCACAUUUACAGAUGGGUAUUUCUUUGCCUUCCAUUUACUGCAUAUAGCAGAACUAAACCAUAUGUUGAAGGGAGUCAUACAGGCUGUAACUACCAAUGGUAAAGCGUUGUUGAUGGUAACCCUUCUUGGUUUAGCAAUUUUUUACAUAUACUCCCUGGUGAUUUUUGCAUUCUAUCGUGGCUGGAUGUGGUCAGCUGAUGAUGGACGGCAUUGUCGUACCAUCUACGAGUGUUUUAUAUCAGUUUUACAUCACGGAAUGAUUGGUGGACUAUACUCGCACUUCCAAUGGCAGAUGGAUAGCGAUUUUCCAAGAGCUAUCGGAAUAACCUUCUUUGAUGUUUCAUUCUUCGUCAUUAUUACGAUCAUUGGUCUGAACAUCGUCUUAGGUAUCAUUGUCGAUACUUUCUCGCAGCUCAGAGAUUCCAAGUUUGAGAUUGACAAAGAUAUGAAGAGUACAUGUUUGAUUUGUAGUCGAGAAAGUUAUGACUUGGAGAAGAGAGGAGGGGGUGAAGGGUUUCAGAGGCAUGUGAAACUAGAGCAUAACCAGUGGGCGUACUUGUUUUUCUUUAUUCAUCUUGAUGAGACAAGACCAAAUGACUACUCAGCAAUAGAAUUUUAUGUUUAUAAAUUGCUGAUGAUGAAAAAUUUGGACUUCUUUCCCUUGGGUCGAGCACUCAGUUUGGAGAAUGAGGAAGAUAGCAAAGAUAAAAAGCUGGAUGAGCUGCAGCUACAAGUUAAUUUUGUUGUUGCCAAACUGAAGGAACAGGAAUUUGAUAUGAUGAAGGAGAAGGAAAAACAGAAACAGCAAGAGUGGGAAAGAAUAAACAAGAAAAGAUAGGAACAGAAAUAAUAGGUCUAACUAUAUAUCAUCAUGGCAAGAGUCAACAACGGGUCUUCUCAUCGAAAAUCAUUGUUUUCAUAAAAAAUGGACUUGAGGAUGUUUGAAUUGAUAGUAUCUAACCAUCUCCAAAAACCAAACUUUCUGUUGUCGUGAUAAGCUCGAAAAAGUCGUAUAUGAUAGUACUAUGCAUAACACUGUUAACAAAACUAACACAUAUAACUGAAAUUUAAAACAAUAACAAGUUGAACUUCCAAAACAAUGAGAACAAUCACAAGAAAAAACACUGCCAACGACUGCAUGUUUAUGUUGCUAAGCAACAAAUGUUUACUGUACAAGGUAAUGUUGUUCUGGAGCGGUCCAACCGAGUUUGUGGGACGAGUUUGGAAUGACUUCGUCCCGUGUGUUCCAUACGUUCAUCAUUCCAUUCGCAUGUGUAUAUAUAGUAUCUGAAGAUAUCUAUUGUAAAAACUACACCACAUAAAGAAUGUUAGUGUAACUUGACAAAAUCUUAGAUAGAAAAAAAGAGAAAGUGAAGAGCUGAAUAAACUCUUCCUUUAAUAUAUCAAUGAAUAUGCUACGACAUGGCGACAAUAAGUGAUUACCAGUGCAUAUUAUUGAAACAAGCAUUCAAAUAGGGUAUAAGCAACUUGUGCUGGCUCAAGUGAUUAUAACGGAGAGAUAUUUUGUUUGAACGAAAACAUCUGUUCUUCCUAAAUACAAUAUUCGUUUCAGAGCUUAUGUAAUUUACAGAAAAGGGAUAUCGUAAUAUACAUAUCGACAGCUGUGUUUCUUUCGAGAUCAAGGCCAAUCUGUUUAGAAAAGAGUCUUGGCGAAGCUGACCGGAUAUGUUAUUCAAAUUUGAUUUGAAUUAGGCAAAAAUUUAAGGGAGUAUCAAUGAGGUAUAUGAUAUUGCAAAACGAUACCUUUAAACAAUCGUUUUAAGUAAUUGUUUUCAUGCGUCUUGGUUCACGGACGCUUGAUAAAAAUAGAACAUGCAGAGUUUUCCUUGUAUAUUAUUUAUAUGGUAGAAUUGAUUUUGUACCGCAAUGUGCAGACUACUUGGGCUUUCAUCUUAUUUUGUUGAUCAAGCCGGAUAAAGCCUAGAUUAUAAUGUUUUCUAAUAGCUACCACGCCAUUUUAAAUUUGAUUUGAACAUAUUUUCAUGUUCAUAGGAUAUAAAAAGUCAGCUAGCAGCUGAAGAACCACAAAAAACUACAUCUGUUUCCUGGGCAACAAGUCUUUGAAAUAUCCAAUCAUUUUGUUUAUAAUUCUUAAGGAUUUGCUUUAUUUUGUUUUUGUUUUAGACUUUUCUUCUUUAUGUUGUUGUUGUUUUUUUCAUUUUCAUGUGUUUUACUAUUUGAUGCUAUUGGGAUGUUAUAUUGUGUGGUACCUGUUUGGUGAACGUACAGGAAAGAUACUUUAACGUUAAAUGCUAUUCCCGAAGGUCAUGUAAGGAAUAAGCAGGUAAUUAAGAAAUAAUUUAUAGCAAAGGAGUGUUUUAACACUAUUUGUGCAUGAUGGGCGGUUAUACGUCGGGCGUAAUAAGUUCACGAGGGCGCAGUCCGAGUGAAAUUAUUUGUACGACGUAUUACCGCCUGAGUGUAUAAAUAGUGUUAAAACACGGUUUUGCUAUAAAUUAUUUCGAUUCUAAUACGCCCUCAAUCUACACCAGUAGAUAAGAUAUAGCAGCGCUCUUUCUUGGUCGCAACAAAACCUUUGACGUCAUCGCACGUUAACGUGACGUCAUUCUAGCGUAAGAGUGUAUUAGAAUAAAAUUUAUUACAUGCUAAGUUUGUAUCGUGUCGAAUCCAUGCUUAAAGGUCCAUAAUGCUUUAAAUUUGUAUCUUAAAACAGAUGAAACAGCUUUUUAAAUAGGUGCUAUGCGUACUUACAUGGUUAGAAAAGCACUACUUUUAAUAUUGCACAUGAACUGUUAUAGUUUGAACCAUAAAAGGAGGUGAUAAAAAAACAAUAGUUUCAAUAAAACAUUCUAAUAUAUUCAGCAGUAUUCAAACUUUUGACAGUUGUUAAAGAAAGUAAUUAUCAGAAAUAGGAUUUAACAAGAAAUUAAUGCAUUUUAUGUUCAUAACUAAAAAAUGCAUCAGCCACAUUUUAAACAAAGGCAUUAUGAGCCUUUUAAUAUUUUGAUAUGUUCUGCACUGUACGGAAAUCAGACAUGCUUGGUGAUUCUUCAAAGGUAACAUUCUUAAGAAUAAUAUUUGUUUUCGAAAGAAUGCUGUGAAGGAGAAAUUUAAAAAAGAGUUUUGGCCGGAAAACGAACGUCUCACGUAAACAUAUUUACCUACGUGAACUGUUAUUUGACGAUUACUUGAAGAUAUUUUGUUUAUAAGAAACGUGGAUACAAAAAUCCCGGACUGAGAAUGUUUAAGUACUGACCGUCUAAAGGGACGAAAAAUGGGUAUGUAUGACAGGAAUAGCGGUGAUUAUGAAAAUAUCAUGUUGUAUAAAGUCAGUAAAUCUAUUGUAUUCUUGUGCGUUUGGUUAUGCUUUACCUAUCUGCCUCUAGGAUCUUCAUCUGCAUAUAGAAAAGAAACCGCGCAGUCUGGCCAGGAUCCAUGCUGUUCGCUAACGGUUUAAUUGUAAUACUGAGGCUUUGAAAGCGAACAGCGUGGAUCCUGACCAGACUGCGUGGAUGCGCAGGCUGGUCUAGAUCCAUGCUGGUCGCAAAUGCACUAUGUUGGUAUUCUCAUGGAGCGGCUCAUAUAAAUGAGGUCGGUCUUUAUCAAUAUCUAUCUAUCUAUAAAUACUGCAUGACACCCUUGCGAGUAUUUUAUGCAGGUCGUAGAAGACUUGAUUGAAAACAGAUUUUCUUGAGAAAUCAAAGGGUCCAGUGUAGGUAUUAAUUAAUUAUAUAUGUUGAAUCUGUUGAACAAAGACAGAAGUUAACCUACUUGACUUACAUAAAUCAUACUCUUUGCUUGGAGCAAAUGGCCGAUGUGCUAGUGAUCUACAUGGUAACUUUAUAUAUGUUGGUCUAGUGAGUAAUAGUGUAAUGCACUAAUUUGUAAGCAAAAACGAAGUUAUAAAUAUAUUGAACAUGUACUAAAUAUGCCAGGAUACGCGAUUCAUACGCACUCGAUACGCUUUCGUAAAGAAAAGAAGGCCAUGGGUACGCAGUGACAACGCCUAGUAGUACGUUAUAUCUACGCCACAGUUACGUUUAGGAAUUAAAGUUACGACUCCGCUGCGUACUUGUUGCGUCCUUUUCGCUUUUACUGCGUACGUAUGACGUCUAUAUGACGUAUCAGACAUGCUACGUAUGUGCUACAAAUUUUUGAAAGCAGCUUCAAAAUAUCGCCGUAGCCUUGCGUACAAGAAUAUUGCAUUACGCAUACAGAAGUAUUAGCAACGUAAUCUGGCGUUGCUAUGGCGUUCCUUUCUUACUGCCGCGUAUCCUGAUACGCCGUGCAUACGCAACUCUGAUACGCCAAUGUGUGACAGGGGUUUAACACACUAACAAGGAUUGUGAUGUACAUCCUUGACCACACCCACCAAAUAUUUGCCUAUUUUAUGCGAGUUUCUUUCCUGUGCUCCGCUAUGGCGUUUGACGCUAUGACGUGAUAAUUUUGACGUACAGUGAAUUGUUGCACAAUAACACAUAAUGUUCUAUCUCCUUAACAAAAUGGUUCUUGUUAGAUGAUUUGUUUAACUAUGAAUCUAAAGGAAGUUUAAAAGAAAAUGCGCCUCAUAUGACCUUUAGUGAUUUAUUACGAAAGUUAACCGAUGUUAUAAAAGACUUAUACAGUAUAAAUGAGGUUACAUUGAUAAUGGACGGCAAUUAAAAUUAUUAACAGUACAAAAUGUUUAAGUGAGGGAAAAGCUGCCAAGGAGGAUGGAAUUAAUACAGCUGAACUUCUUUUUUUAAACUGCGUGGGUUCUUUAACAUUCUUUUCUUCCAAGACAAGUUUCCAUCAGAAUAGCGCAAAGCAAUCUUCGUUCUAAUGACAAAAUACACUGCACACCCUCGUGGGUAGCUACUAAAAGAUCAUAACAGGAAGUUUUUUUUCUUUCCAUGAAGCCGUUCAAAUAGCUCUGUUCAAUGUGUGAUUCAUUAGUCAUUGAACCAUCUUGUAGACAAAAAUGACUGUUAGUAAAAUGUCUAUAAUUAAUUGAACGUAAUGUUAAAAAGACGUAAAAAUCAUCGUGAUGCGCAUGUACUGGUCGAUACCGCCAUCCAUAGUGUUAUUGUGCCAUUUGGUCGUGUUGGCUAAUCGUGGAAAUUAACUGAUGCGUAGUAAAGCCUUUCAAUAUUUUAGUUCAUCUGUGAAAUUACCGACAACACUUUUUCACAUAAAAAAAUUAUGUAUACAUGUAAUAGACAUACUCUCGCGCGCUACCGUUGUUGAAAAUCUGCUUUUUUUUUUCGAAGACCAAACGGUACUUCAAGAUAGUACAAAAUUAGUUGAACAUGUAAACAUAUUUUCCGUUCUUGCUGUUGAUGUAACGUUUGAUUUUAGGACUAAUCGUUGUAGAAGAUGUGGUUAUGCUCACCUUUCUUCUAACGUCUUUUGUCAUUUUGUAAUAUAUAUCCCUAUAUACGAAACUUAGAAACAGUGUUACCUUAUCUUAUCCUUACAGUAAACUAUUUGACUACUAGUACAUGUAUUUCUGUGAGGAGGUUGUUUCGUCAUAAUUAACAUAUCAUAAAAUUUUGUGUUGCAUUAUGCUUAGGAAAAAAUGACCUGGUUCAAGUCCCUUGUAAAGAAAUGUUACUAUAUUUCCACGUUCUAGAGAGCGUGUUCUACGGACAGGAUUCCGGCAGUUUAAAAGUGAUUCAUUAUACAACUGCAAACAAGUCCAUGCCUUUCUCCCACUAAUAUAUGUGGUUUCGACAAGACGAAGUGACAUAUGGCAGUACACUACUGUUUUGGCUAAAAGUUUUCUGUAGGAAAUACCGGUAAAUGUUUUUGACGGAUUUAUUUACUUAAUAAAUUUAUUUUUCACUUGAAAAUGGGUGAAUAUAGGCUUAAAAAAUUUCGACGCUCUUACGUUACCGCAUUUUGCAGUCGCUAUUCCUGUUGCUCCCAUAUAUGUUACCGACAAGUUAGGCCAGGAAAUGCCUUUAAUCGAUCUCCUUUGUAAUUUAAUUCAUUUAGUGUGUCAUAUACAUUUACUUGUUACAGGGAUCUAUUGAUGACUUUCUUGAUAAAUCAAUAUUGUAUUGCCUAAAUAGAUACUCGAUAUUAGUUAUCUUUCAAAAAGCUAAGACCUUUGUUUACCUUUAAUUUCAAAUGGUUUUCCGAAGUAAUUGAGAAAAAGUGUUUAUAUUUAUAAUAAAUUUGAUAGCAACGCGGAGUCUACAAUAAUGGAUACACAUAUUGCACAGAAUAACAUUAUUGACAAUAAUUUUUAAAUACAAAAGAAAAAGAUUUUUACUUAAUAACAUUAGAUCGGCUCUUUUUCGGCGACGCCGUCUAAAUUCGUUUUCGUUACCUAUGCCACGUGACUUCAGUUUGCAAAUCAAACUGCUUGAUAACGCAUUAUAGAUAAUUUAUCAAAAUGGAAGAUUUAUGCAACACUCUGCCUGAUUGGACGAGAGUGUCAAUUUCUUUCACUCUGUUGAUUGUGCUACGCUGAGUGAAAUGUAAACAAAGCGUUUAUCCUAAACGACGCUGUUCACAGUUUUAAAGCUAUCUUCUGCUCAGUAUAUUUAGCAAGAAUAUUGAUAUAUCUCAAAAUGAUAAGUAAGUUUAAUAAAAAUGAUAAAAACCUGUUCAAAUACCAACAUAUAUCAAAUUAAAGAAAGAGCUGAAUACGGUCUGCGUAUCACAUGAAUAAGGGUGUGAUAAGAGUCUUUUAUGUAGAGAAGUGCUUUUUAAAAGAUUUUCCUUGUUACAAUUGUCAUCUGUAUAUGAAAAGGUUUCUUGCUUUUGUGACUUAUUCAGAUUGCAUAUUAAAAUGAGUACUUGUUUGCUUUGA